CCUUCUCUAGCAACGGGCUUGAAGUCAGUGCAGUUUGGCGUUGCCACGUCGACAGUUGACGAGUUUAGCGGGAUCCUCGGUAUCGGCUAUGGCCAGGGGCAGACGACGCGAUACAAAAAUUUCAUCGACGAACUCAGCGCCCAGAAUGCUACCAAGGUGAAGGCAUUCACCGUCGCCCUGGGGAGUAAGCACAUACAAGAAGGCGUGAUAGUCUUCGGCGGCGUCGACGCGUCAAAAUUCUCAGGCACCCUUGCCCGCCUGCCCAUCAUCCCGGCUGCAGACUCGCCGGAUCAAGUCCCCCGUUACUGGAUCCAAAUGCAGUCCCUCCAGUUGACGCCACCCAGUGGCAAGUCCUACCUCUACCCCAACAGCAGCUUCCCCGUCUUCCUCGACAGCGGCGCCACCAUGACCUUGCUGCCGGCUAGCUUGGCGGCCGCGAUAGCCUCAGACUUUGGCUCGACUUCUCCCAAGACCGGGGAUUUCUACGAGGUCAGCUGUGACCUGACCACUGUGAACGGGACCUUGGACUUCGCCUUCGACGGCACUACUGUCAAAGUACCAUAUGAUGAGCUCAUUCGGGUCGUUCCGGGUACCCCGCCUGCGUGUUUUCUCGGGAUCUCGCCAAGCGAUGAUUUCACCUUGCUUGGUGACAGCUUUAUGCGCUCAGCUUAUACCACCUUCGAUCUCGAGAAUAACGUCGUGUGGAUGACACAGGCGGCCAACUGCGGUUCGACGCCGGCAGCCCUCGGCAAUAUGAACGUCAUGUCGACCCUGCAAGGACUCUGCGGCACGAACAAGGCAGUCGCUACGGACAACACCAACUCUGGAUUUCCAUCUGACUCAGCCGCCACGGUGCCUGGCACAUCGAAU